UGUUUUGCCUACUCUACAAAAUUUAUAUUUUUAUUGAUAACCCCCCACCUCCUUAAAUAUUAUGUGAAUUUUAUUUAUUUUUUUGUCUGUAUAUAAUAUAGACUGGCUGCGUCAUCCAUAAAUUUUCGGAAAUUACAUGAUUAUUUUAAAAAUAAAAUAUUUUUCCUUCCCCUCCAGUUAAUUUAUUAUUCUAUCUGAAAUUCUUUUUUUAAACAUUAGAAAAAAUUAUACCAAAUCAAAAAUAAAAAGAUUAUAUCUCUUAUCUUAUCUAACACGUUUUAAACCUUUCAAAGUUAUCAAUACAAUCCGUGAAUGGAAAAAAAUGAAGAAGCAUUGAUUGAAAAUUCUCGGUUUGUAAAUAAACAUGCUAGCGAAGAGAGAAAGUACCAGUUUGAUCCUUCCCCUUCUGAAGAAGAACCUAAAGACAGGAGAAAUUUAGUUUACAUUAUUAUGCUAUUACAUGGUAUAGGAGUACUUAUUCCGUGGAAUAUGUUCAUCAAUGCUAAUUCAUAUUUUGUAGAUUACAAAUUAAAUCCAAAUGUAACUGGCACUCACGAAUAUAAGGAUGAUUUUAUUAGUUAUCUAGGAAUAACUUCUCAAUUGCCAAAUGUUAUUUUAAAUGGAUUAAAUUUAUUUCUUCAAUUUGGUGGUUCUUCCAAAAAGGAUAAAAACCCUAAAGCUUACCAAACCCAACCAAGAAUACCUAUUGCAAUCAUUAUUGAUAUUCUUAUGUGCAUAUUAACAGUUGUAUUAGCCUUUAUGGAUACAUCAACUUGGUCAAAAAUAUUUUUUAUAUUAACAAUGAUUACCGUAGUUAUCAUGAAUUGUGCUACAGGAAUUUAUCAAAGCUCAAUCUAUGGAUUAGCAGGAAGUCUACCGAUGAAAUACACGAAUGUUAUAAUUAUAGGGAAUAAUAUUUGUGGAACCUUGGUUGCUUUAAUAUACAUCUUAAUGUUAUACGCAUCUCCCAGUCCAAGAAUAGCGGCCAUAUGGUACUUUAUUUCAGCAAUAUUGAUACUUUUUGUGUGUUUGGCAGCUUAUUUUGCUCUAGCCCGUUCGAGAUUUUAUAGGUACCAUUUACGUGCCCCGGCCAUAUCCGAGCAGACUGACGGAUUGAUAAAAGAUUCCAAAUCUACUAAAUACAAAUCUGCCGAUUAUUACUCCGUAUUCAAAAAGAUAUGGGUACAAUGCUUUGGAGUAUUUUUUUGCUACUUUGUCACCUUAACUGUCUUUCCGGCUAUCCAAGUCCAUAUUAAGAAAAGCGACCCAAAUUAUUUUAUACCAGAUAAAUACUUUGAGGCCAUUAUAACGUUCCUCAAUUUCAACUUAUUUUCGUUGAUAGGAAAUUUGAUAACCGAAAAAUUUAAAAAGCCCGGGCCCAAAUGGGUUUGGUUACCCAUCCUCCUGAGAGCUGCUUUUAUACCCUUGUUCUUAUUUUGCAAUUACCGUCCCGACAUUAGAAAAUUGCCAGUUUUGAUCAAAAAUGACUUUACUUAUGCUCUACUCGGCAUUUUGCUAGCGGUUACCAAUGGUUAUUUCAGUUCCCUGAGUAUGAUGUAUGCCCCUAGCUUGGUCGAACCUCACAGAGCGCCUUUGGCAGGGAUGAUGGCCGCUUUCUUUCUGAUUCUAGGCGUAUUUGGCGGUUUAAAUUUCGCGUUGCUCAUUUCAAAAUUAUUUAAUAAAUAACAAAAGUGAAAAAAAAAA